CGGAUCUGAUACCACUGUAAUUUUGGCAAAAAAAAUUGCAAAACUGGUUAAUUCCAAAAAAGUGGUGACAAGUGGCGCUGCCGUGUCAAUUUCCCAAACUUAAAACCCCGCCGAAUCGUUCGUGUGUAUUCGUUGUAGCGUUCGGCUUGUAGCUGUCAGUGCCUGCGCCCAAAAACAGUUGCCAUGUUGCUUGUUGUGUAGGGUGUGCUUGUGAUAAAAAUCGGCCAAGUCUCUCCUUGCAGCAAAAGUGCGUUGUCUCGCGUGCCCACCCGGUGUAUGUGCAUUAGUGUGUGCCCCCUUGUUGGCGGUGGUAGUGUUGGAGGUGCGGGUGUGUGGUGAAACAAACCAACAGAGCACAAUUCCAAGUGGUGUUGUUUGGUGGUGGUGGUGGUGGUUGUGGCAGGCAGCGUGCUUUGCACGCACAUUUGUUGUUAUAUGAUGGGGGCCCGCCGCUGAGGCGCCCGAGGCCGGCCUGGCCUUGGAGCGAGGUUACUGGCCCCGAGCCACGCGGGAUUGUUUACCAUGUGCUAGAGGUGUCGCGAGUGGUGCCAUUAUGCUGAGCCCCAACAACUGCUGACACAGAGGGCGUACAACAAGGCUCAGAGCUACGUUGAUGGGAUCGAGGGAGCCCAUGGCGUGGCGCAAGCACGACCAUCUCAUGCUCAUGGACAAAAACAAACCCAAAAUGCCGGUAUCAUCGAGUGGUAGUGGGGACACCCUUCGACAGCGUCAUGUGCCCUUAUAUGGACGUUUGGUACCCGAAGAUCAGCUGGGUAUGGGUCAUAUGUCCAAUCCACCAGCUGAUAUUCAAGCAAUGCAAGCACGAAUACCACACACUUUUAGGGAUUCGUCGGCGGCACCCUUACGCAAACUCAGCGUGGACCUCAUCAAGACCUACAAGCACAUCAACGAGGUGUAUUAUGCGAAGAAGAAACGACGAGCGGCGCAACCCCAAGAAGACACCUCUCAUAAAAAAGAGAGAAAACUAUACAAUGACGGUUACGACGACGAUAAUCACGAUUAUAUCGUGAAGAAUGGUGAAAAGUUCCUCGACCGAUACGAAAUCGACUCACUUAUAGGAAAAGGAUCAUUCGGACAGGUCGUUAAGGCCUACGAUCACGUGGAACAAUGUCACGUGGCUAUCAAAAUUAUCAAGAACAAAAAACCGUUUCUCAAUCAGGCACAGAUCGAGGUGAAAUUGUUGGAGAUGAUGAACAGAGCGGAUGCCGAAAAUAAGUAUUAUAUAGUUAAAUUAAAACGUCAUUUUAUGUGGCGAAACCACCUGUGCUUAGUGUUCGAACUGCUUUCGUAUAAUCUAUAUGAUCUGUUGCGAAAUACAAACUUCCGCGGUGUCUCAUUGAAUCUCACGAGAAAGUUUGCCCAGCAACUGUGCACGGCUCUAUUGUUCCUCUCAACGCCCGAACUCAACAUCAUCCAUUGCGAUCUGAAACCGGAAAAUAUACUUUUGUGCAAUCCGAAACGAUCGGCUAUUAAAAUUGUCGAUUUUGGAAGUUCUUGCCAGCUUGGACAGAGGAUAUACCAAUACAUACAAUCAAGGUUUUAUAGAUCACCCGAAGUCCUACUAGGUAUACCGUACGAUCUAGCGAUAGAUAUGUGGUCGUUGGGUUGUAUCCUAGUCGAAAUGCAUACAGGGGAACCACUUUUCAGUGGUGCCAACGAAAUCGAUCAGAUGAAUAAAAUCGUUGAAGUGUUGGGAAUGCCGCCGAAAAGUCUACUCGAUCAGGCCAACAAGACGCGAAAGUUUUUCGAAAAACUGCCAGAGGGGAGAUACGUGUUGAAAAAGGCGAAAGACGGCAAAAAGUACAAAUUGCCUGGAACGCGUCGACUGCACGACAUUCUCGGUGUCGAUAGUGGUGGUCCUGGAGGGCGAAGGGCCGGCGAACCAGGUCAUUCCACUGGCGAAUAUCUCAAGUUCAAGGAUCUGAUUUUACGCAUGCUCGAUUACGAUCCUAAAUCUAGGAUAACAUCGUAUUACGCUCUCCAACAUAAUUUUUUCAAACGCACGACGGACGAAUGUACUUCGACGCCUAAUAGUAACAGUUCCAGUCCGGCCGUUGCCUCAAUGGAUAUGUCUUCUCUGACGAAUAGUUCGAGUAGUCAACACGGGUUAAAUUUGGUGGGACGGUCUCGAGAGCUGUCAAAUUACACGACAAUGGAAUGCGAUCCAUCUCCUUCACGACAUCCUCACCGUCAGCAGCAGCGUUACCACCAGCCCUACGGAGUGACGUCAUUACAGUACGCCCCAUAUCCAGGGGUUCCCAUGACCGACGGCAGUGCCCCCAACAAAACAACCAGCAAUGGGCCACAGCCACCUAAAUCAACAUCAACAAAUGAAAGAGACGACAGUCCGAUGGUUGGGGUUUGCGUUCAGCACAAUUCGGUCGCAAUACAUUGCCAAAUGCAACAGGGGGGCGCAAUAUUUCUCAAAUUCAUCACCAGCUUUACGCUUAUUGGCAUUGGGGUUGAGAAUUACCGUAACGUUACGGGGGUCAGCCUCCACACGAAUUGGUUCAAGACCAAAUCUUGCCGCCUUUUCGCAAUAAACACGCAUCAAUUCUUGGGUCCUAACAUAAAAUUUGAGGGGGCUAAUGUUCUAAUAUUGUCCACGAUGGCUGAAUCAAAUAUUUAUUACAACGAGGGCAAUUAUAUGAAUCAGCAAGACGCUACCACCAAGGAUGUGAUUGAUUCAGUUCAGAAUCUGAAUGAGCAGAGUGAAAUGAUUUGUGAUGAUUCUGUAACAGAAACAGUGGAAGAAUCGAAGGAUGAAGUUAAAGAAGUUGCUGAAGGCACUGAAGAACAUGUAGAGAGUCCAACAACUGGGGAAACUUCUUACACCUUCAAGUGUGUCUUUUGUGAGCAGGUAUUGAGUGGUAGUGACGAACCCAAAUUAUUGGAGUGUUUGCAUAAUGCUUGUGGUAACUGCAUUGGUAACAAGCUUUACGAAGAGUUGGAGAAAACUACUGUUGAAUGUCCACAGUGCAAUAUAGUAUGUGAGCCAAGUAAAAUAAUCGAAAAUCAGUUUUUGCUAGAGCUAGCAAGUAACGAAGACAACUCGACCAAAUUAGCAGAGUUGAAAUGUAGCAGUUGUAGUGAUGAUGCAAUUGCUACAAGUUGGUGUGUUGAUUGUUCAGAGUACAUUUGUGAUAGUUGUGUACAAGCACAUCAAAGACUAAAAAUAACUAAAGACCAUACCAUUAAACCGAAAGAAGAGGGACUUACUGACAGCCAAUCAUCUACAAAUAAUUCUGCACCUAAUCUAUUUUGUCAGAUUCAUCCACAGGAGAAAUUGUCACUAUUUUGCGAAACGUGCGAUAAAUUAACUUGUCGCGAUUGCCAACUUAUUGAACAUAGGGAACACAAGUAUAAAUUUACCAAUGAAAUUGCGUCAGAGACAAGAAAAUUUAUUGCUGAUAUGUUGAAGGAUGUUGGUUACAAGAGGGCACUAUUAUGUAGUGCGAUGAAGGUAAUAGACGAUCGUCAAAAUUUGAUUGUUGACAAAAAACAAGCACUUGUUAAGGAAAUCACACAAUUAGUGGUCAAGUUGACAAAUACGAUUAAUGUUAGAGGCAAACAAUUAGUUUCGAAAUUAACCGAAGUGUGUGAUAGUAAACAAAAGACGUUACAAGAGAAAAAACAAGCUUUAGAGCAACUUUCACGUAUGACAGAUCACUGUAUAGAGUUCACACAACAUGCUUUAGAUAACGGCAGUGAUAUGGCUCUAUUAUACAGUAAAAAACAAGUCACCGAUCACUUACGUCGAAUCAAAUGUAAACGAGCCGAUAUUCCAAAUCCAGAAAUACCGGUACGAAUUCAUCUGGCUUUGGAUAAAUUUCCAGAUCUUGUUAAAGUCAUGUCAACAAUCGGUCAAAUUGUGGUUGAUGGUAGAAUUUACCCUUCACAGUCCGUCUCACCCUCAUCUCAAUUACCUCCACAUGGUUCUCCCAGUCCUGGUCAUUCCAGACCACCCCAACAACAAUCACCCAUCAAUCAAUUGCUCCAACAAUCACCUCCUUACCAACAACAACCAUCAGGGUUCCAACAAUCACCCAGAUUACCCCCAGCAUAUGGACAGUUUAACAAUGGGCCGCAGUAUCCACAAAAUCAAAAUAUUAGCCCACAAUCCAAUAUGGGAGCAAGAGUAAUGGGUCCACCAAUGGCACAACAGAUUUCAUUAGCCCAACAAUUAUCAGCCAAUCGUAUGCAAAUGCCACGGCAAAUGGCGAGACCUUUACUACCUCGAAUGCCACCAAAUUCUGGCGGUUUAAACCAACAGCAGCAGGUCUCGUCAUCAACUCACCCACAAAAUAUGUUAUCUGAUCGCAGCAAUUUGCGAUGUUUAUUACAACCAGCAAGUAAUUCACCUGUUUAUAUUCAAACAGGACCUGCUCAAUAUCAAGCAGUCCAACCACAUAUGGCCCAACAAUACCAAACUCGUUUUCCUAACCAAUCACAACAAUCGUUUCGUCAACAACCGCCAAUGAAUCCAAUGAUGAUGAACCAAAAUCGUCCACAAAGACAGUUUCAAAUGCAAGGUGGUUCCGCCAGAUGGCACAUUCCACAACAACAAAUAGCCAAUAAUAAUAACAUGCAAGGAGGAAAUCGUAAUAUGAUCUUACCGACAAUUAAUGAUAAUUUUAAAAUUACCCUAAAACAACACAACCAAUCAGAGAAUAGAAAUCUACCAGCGACUGUUACCUCAACCAUUCCUAAAACACCAAGUCCUAAUCAUAUUCAAGGUCGAAGUGAUACUGAGAGAAGUCUUGAUAAAUUUUGUGAAGAUUCGGUUAAGGAUUUAAUGGCGACUAUUGCAAAAUUGGAUUCGAAUGGUGUGCAAGUUGUAGCUGAAGGAAGACAGAAAACUGGAGGUUCACCACAUGUUGAUAGUUCAACAGGUGAUGCAGGACCUUCAGGCAAGAUUAAAAGUGAUCCAAUGGAAACAGGCAAAGAUGACCCGAAUGAGGAUUGGUGUGCUGUGUGUAUGGAUGGAGGAGAAUUGGUCUGUUGUGAUAAAUGUCCGAAGGUUUUUCAUCAGUACUGUCACAUUCCGAAUUUGAGUGUCGAGGAAAAUGAUACAUGGCAGUGUUUGUUGUGCACAAACUUUGCCGACUUAUCCGAUGAUAUUUUAAAUGAGAAAAAAGAAGGAGAACUUUGUUAUAAAGACAAGAAAAUUGCUGAACGUAUAGUUUUGGAAUUAUAUUGUCAGUAUGAUCCUAGUUUACCGUUCCGGGAAGUUAUCGGGCCUGAGAAUGAGGAGUAUCAUGCAAUUAUCAAAACCCCGAUUGCUCUUGAUUCAAUUCGUCAGAAAUUAAACUGGAAUUCGCCGGAACAUUACACAACUAUGGAGCAGUUAAUCAAAGACGUGCGUUUAAUGUUUAAAAAUGCAUACACAUAUAAUCCUGAGGAUUCUCAAGUAUACGCCGAUGCUAAAGUCUUAGAGAAAUUCUUUGACGAACAGUUGGAAAAAUUUCUGCCAGAAUACGCUUAUGAACAUUUCGAUGAUGAUGAUGAUAUUCAGCCCCCAAAUAAAAAGUAUCGGCGCAUAAUAAGUGACUGACAAAUUGUUCAAGGAGCGAAUAAUACAGUAUAUUUCUCUCUCUAAUGCAGAAUGAAAACUAUUUUUAAUUAAGGAGGAGUAAGAUAUUUAUACAGGGUGAUUACAAACGUUUUAACUUCUAAUACAGAGAUUCUGAGUUCAACUAAAUUAUUUUCAAAAUGGCUGAGUUUUAUACAAUAAAAAUAGGUGGUUGCCAUUUGGCGCUAGUUUCUCAUCGUUCCGGAAGUUCAGCCAUUUUGAAAAUAACUUAGUAGUUCUUAAAAUGGUCGAUUUUGAAGCUAUGUUAUGUUAUAGUAGAAGAAUCACCCUGUAAAGUAAAUACCAGGGUGCAAAUCGAGUAAACUGUUUAAAUGUUGGCAAGAUGUUAGAUCUUUAUACCGUUUUAGCGAUUUUAUUGUUAGUGUACGUUUUAUUUAAUUGGGUUUUUGUUAUUACAAAGAACUGUCAUUUUUAGUGUAUUUUCACGUUAUUGAUGUUAUUAGAGGUCACUGUCAUAUGUUAUUAAAUAAAGCUAAAUAUGACCAUGUCUAUCUUUGACGUUUGAUUGCUUCGAAAUAUCGAAUAUAUCAAAAAAAUGUACCUAGUAUAUGUAUAUUGAGAAAACAACAAACACAAGAUAAAUAUUUAUCUAUUUUGUUAUUGUAUUGAUUUUCUGAUAAUCAAUUUGUAAGCAAGCUGUAUAAAAUUAAAAUAAACACGUUAAUGCCA